AUGGCGGGGGCCAAGGCGGGCGGGCCGUCCCCGCCGCGCCGGCCCGGCUCCUCCGCGGCGUCACGGGCGGCGGCGUCGCGCGCCUCGCGGGCCGGGGCGUGCGCGGCGCUCUGGGAGGCGCGGCUGGCGGCGGCCGAGGCGUCGCGGGCCGAGUACCGCGAGGCCGCCCGGCUGCUGUCCCGCAGCAACGCGGAGCUGCUGUGGCGGCAGCAGCACCAGGAGCGGGAGGCCAUGGCCGCGCUGAGCUUCCUCAAGAAGCAGGACCAGGAGAAGGCGGAGGAGAUUGAGAAACUGAAGCAGCAGCUGAUAGAUGCAAAAAAGCAAGCACAAGAAGAGAACAAGAAACUGGCAGAUCAAUACACCCAACAAGUAAAAGAACUGGAGGAGAAAUUUCAGAAAAAAGUCAGAGAAAUUGGCCUAAUUCAGUUAGAACUGAGAUUGAUAAAAGAGUUCCGCAAGAAAAAAGCAGCUAUGGAGAAAGAGCUGGAAGAUUUAAGAGAGAGAAUGGAGACCUCAAGCAAGAAACAUCAGGAAGUGGUUAUGAGACUGGAGAAAAAGUUCCUUGAGGAAAAGAAAAGACUAGAAAAAGAUGCUGAGAAGAAAGUAAUAAUGAUGACAGAGACCGCCCAUCGUGAGGCUGUUUUGCAGCUGAACAACACUGGGAGAGAGGUGUUUAAGGAGAAUGUUCGUCUUCAUGAUGCUUUCGCUUGCCACCUGAAAGAGGCAGCUGAAUUGCAAAAAAUCAAGCAGAAGUUAGAGGAGGACAAAACUCUUCUGUUGCAGGAGAAGGAAACCAGUGAGUGUUUGAUUCAGGAAAAGAUCUUACAGAUCAAUCAGCAGAAAGCACAGAUUGAAGAUCUGCAGCGUAAAGUGGAAAAACUAGAGAUGGCCUUAUGUUACAUGUCCAGAGAAUUUGAGACAGAGACUCAGAGAACACAGCGUCAGGCGCUGAUACAAAAUGAGGCAAGCAUGGUGGAGGUCAAAAAACUGCAGCAACUGCUAGAAAUGAAGGAUCGUGAGAUGAACCGAGUGAAGAAACUAGCCCGCAAUAUCCUAGAUGAGAGGACUGAGGUGGAAAGGUUCUUCCUAGAUGCUCUGGACCACGUGAAGCAGGAGAUCAUAGCCAGCAGGAAGCAUUACAGGGAAAAGGCCCAAACUGCCUAUUACAGAAAAAUGAUGGAGGCCUGUGCAGGGAAGGAAGAAUUUCCUAAAAUCAAAACAUUCACAAGCAACAUAAACAGCACAAACAGUGUAUACAAAGACCUAGAAGAAGCAGAGAAAUGCUAUUGGGGAAAAGUCCAAUUUGAAAAAGUUGAUAUCCGUGAGCUGACAUGGGAACAAAAAGAACGUGUCCUGAGAUUACUUUUUGCCAAAAUGAAUGGCAUAAAUCAAUGGAAAUACAGCAAAGAUUUGGCCACUUCAGCUCCUAAUGACAGUGGAGAAGAAAACAGAGAUGGGUAAGAUAACAAAUUAUAUUGUUCUGUCUAAUAUAAACUUAGCUCCUGACUAUGAACAGAUGCAAUUAUCUCUCUCUCAUACGAAGAUGUAUACUGGUAUGUUUACACAAUAAGAAAUGUAUAUAAGAAGAUAGAAAGGAAUUUUAGUAUUAUUUCAAAAUUUCUGGUCAUUGCAGUCUUU